UCACCACGAAAUCAACUUUUGCACAGCGAUUGUAGGGUAAAGCAAGAAUUUGCGUUCAAUACGGUUCCACUGUUGUUAAGGGUUUGUUCGAAAGCUCCGAGCGCUAGCUUCAAAUUUGUCGUCUUUGUGCGAAUUAUCCAAAUAAAAAUCAACUAAAAAUGUUCGUGUCGACAGUCUCUCGCAUUGCCCCCGUUGCCAGGACCGCAAUCCUCGCCAACUCCAAGCAAUACUUGCGACCAUUGAGCAGCGCCGUCAUCAGCCAGAGCCAAACCUUGGCCGCUCAGAACACAACCCCCGUAGCAUUACUGCCACAGAUCAGGUCAUUCCAGACCUCGCCAGUCACGCGUGACAUUGAUUCGGCUGCCAAAUUCAUUGGUGCUGGUGCUGCAACAGUCGGUGUCGCUGGUUCCGGUGCUGGUAUCGGAACAGUGUUCGGUUCCCUCAUCAUUGGUUAUGCCAGAAACCCAUCGUUGAAACAGCAGCUGUUCUCGUACGCCAUCUUGGGUUUCGCUCUGUCUGAGGCUAUGGGUCUGUUCUGUCUUAUGAUGGCCUUCCUGUUGCUGUUCGCCUUCUAAGCGCUCCGCUACGCUCGUCCUUGUUUCGUGUCAUUGUAUGCGGUGUGUGUGUGUGUGUGCGCUUGGAACUCCAUCCAAUUUGCAAGCAAGCAUUCAACGGCAGCAGCGACAACGAGAGAAAGCAAAAGUAUAUAGAAGAAACAACAAACAACAACCAACACCAACGUUCGUUUUUCGAUUAUUAAUGAUAAUUGAUUGAUAGCAACAAAAACAACAUCCUGUGUACUAUCUAAUUAUAAAAUAACAACAACAUAAUA